GACAGAAAGACAGAGGCAGAGGACGAGAAAGUGGAGCCACAGAAGAUAAUUUACCAAAUACACCUUGGAGCGAGGUGAUCAGCACUUUAGGAAUGACCUCGCACGUGUCCAGGAUCUUUAAAUGUGCGCACUAGAUGUGGAUUUGGAUUAUUUUUGUCACUGGAGAACUUUUUGAACUUGUACAAUCAUCGUGCGUGUGUGCGCCCACUCUGUUCUCGGUGCUUGCGGAAGGCGUUGUUAAGCUUCACUCUCGGCUGGAUUUGGCAAGGGAGAGAUGAGCGAGAGGAGGCGUUCGGCCGCCGCGCUGAGCUCCAGAGCGCACGCCUUCUCAGUGGAGGCCCUCAUCGGUACCAACAAAAAGCGGAAGCUCCGAGGCUGGGAGGAGAAGGCUCUCGAGCUCUCUAUGGAAAAUCUCGCAACCAACGGACAGCUCGGAGACGCAGAAGACGCCGGUCAGUGUCUGGAUAUCGAUCCGGACUGCGAGGCCAGUCCAGGCUCGGACGGCGAGGUGCUGGCGGAGAGAUCGUCGUGCUCGCUCGGGAGUCCCGCGGAUCUAAACCCUGCCGCCUCCAUGGAUGAGAUCCAGGUGGAGCUGCAGUGCGCGGACCUGUGGAAGCGCUUCCACGACAUUGGCACGGAAAUGAUCAUCACCAAGGCGGGAAGGAGAAUGUUUCCUGCCAUGAGAGUUAAAAUUGUGGGACUGGAUCCACAUCAGCAGUAUUAUAUAGCUAUGGACAUAGUACCUGUGGACAACAAGAGAUACAGGUAUGUUUAUCACAGCUCAAAGUGGAUGGUGGCUGGAAAUGCAGACUCUCCUGUACCCCCGCGUGUGUAUAUCCACCCAGAUUCAUUGGCCUCUGGAGACACAUGGAUGAGACAGGUGGUCAGCUUUGACAAACUGAAACUCACCAACAAUGAGCUCGAUGACCAAGGGCAUAUCAUCCUGCACUCCAUGCACAAGUACCAACCACGUGUCCAUGUGAUCCGGAAGGACUUUAGUAGUGAGCUGUCUCCUACUAAGCCAGUACCCACUGGGGAGGGAGUAAAGACUUUCAGCUUCCCUGAGACUGUUUUCACUACAGUCACCGCUUAUCAAAACCAGCAGAUUACCAGACUAAAAAUUGACCGCAACCCAUUUGCUAAAGGUUUCCGGGACUCGGGGAGAAACAGAACAGGUCUGGAGGCGAUCAUGGAAACAUAUGCCUUUUGGAGACCACCUGUGAGAACCCUUACAUUUGAGGAUUUUACCAAUAUGCAGAAACAGCAAGGGGGCAGCACUGGCACUUCUCCUACUACCUCGAGCACAGGUACGCCAUCUCCUUCAAGUGCAACUCACCUUCUUUCUCCCUCUUGCUCUCCUCCCACCUUCCAUCUUGCUCCCAACACUUUUAAUGUUGGCUGCAGGGAAAGCCAGCUGUGUAACCUGGGGCUGUCUGAGUAUCCUGCCUGUGCACGAAGCAAUAUGCCAACCCUGCAGAGCUAUGGGGGACUGGCAGAAGGAUCCUACGGUCGCCUCCAGUCAGCAGGGGGCAGCAUGGCCUCCACCCAGUCUUCAGACUCUUUCUUGCCCCAAAGGACUUCCUCUUUAAUUGCAGCAGGAAUGCAGGGCAGCACUCACACCUCAUUGCCCCCCAGCAGUAAUGGGAGCGGCAACAGUGGCAAAAUGGAUGCUUAUGGAAGUCAGUUGUCAUCUUUUCCCACCUCCCAGCUCCAGUAUGUGAUGCAGGCAGGGGCAGGUACACCCUCUGGCUCAUCCAAUUCUCCAGGGACUUCCCCGUCCUCGACUCACAUGUUUACCGGGAGUCAUCACCACAUGCAGCAGGGCUCAUAUAAUGCAUUUUCCUUGCACAAUCCCUACAACCUUUAUGGAUACAACUUCCCAGCUUCCCCACGCUUGGCCACCAACUCAGAGAAAUCUCAGGCCAGCCUGCUGUGCUCAUCCUCUUCUGCCGGAGCCUUUGCCGAGCGUCAGUACCUAUCCAGUGGCAGCAUGGACAGCAUGCACAUGAUAGGAAAUCCCAGUAGUAGCCAGCAGGUGUCCACAGCUUGUGAUGGUCGCCAGUAUGGCUCCACCUCUCAGAUGUCUAUGCACAUGGUUUAAACGUAAAACAGGGUAAAACUUGUGUGUCAUCAGCACAAGAAAUCAUAUCAAGCUGUUUCUCAGUCUCAGUUUUCUGCUAUCAGAUCAUUAGUGUGUACUUAAUAUGUUGCUCAUGGAAAGGUAGAGAGCAACUCUUGAAUCCUUUAAAAAAAGAGACUACUCAUCUCAUGUGCAGACUUUAAAUCACUAAUUAGACACACAUGGACAACAUAAAUAUGUUAUUUAUGUAUUUCUUUCUAUAUGAUUCAUGCCAAAGCAAGGCAAAUACAUAUAAGAUCAUUCUGUAUGUACCUGCCAUCUCUACUUUCUAAUCUCAUUUCAAUGCAGUAUUGAAGCAAAUGAAGUCUUUUUCUUAUGAGGGUGCUUAUGCAGGAUUCUAGCGAGAUGGUGCAAUAAUGGACUCAUCCAAUCACUUCUCAUCGCACACAUGCUUUAUCUAAACAGUGCACGCUCAAAGCUGUCUUAGAUGUUGUUCGUGUCAAACAGUAAAAGCAGAUCAAUCUGCUUCCCACCAAAGUAAUUUCAGAGAAAUGCAUACAUUAUGCAAUGUUUUGGUGAAUGUUCACCUGAAAGACACUCAUGGGCUGGAAUUGGAUUUGGAGAAAUGUUCAUUUUUAGUUCAUUUGUUUUUGCCUAUUUUAUUAGAACAUACUUAAAUAAAUUUGGAGUGUAUCAUCUUUGUAGACACUAAGCUUUACUGUUGAUGUGUGGAAAACAUCAUGAUGUGUGGAAACAUGAUGUGUGGAAUAAAAGAGUAAUAAAUGUAUGUUUUGGAGUGCUAUAGAAGUGUAAAGUAUUUAAGUGCUAUGUAACUAAACAAAUGUGCAGUAAAUAUAGGUGCCAAGCACAAAACCUAAGCAAUGCAAUUCAGUUCUUACACAUACACCAUUUGGCAAUCUGUUUAAGAAUGACUAAGAUUUAUUCUUUUUACCUGAUUGCAAAAUAAAUGUAUUCACAUGGUGAAAAAAAGGGGGACAACAUUUUGUUUCCCAAAUAGGCAGGAAAUGUAAAUAGUCAAUCAUAAGCUUGUUACCAAAAAUUUUUUGUCAACAUUUUGUGAAAUAAAGGACAUGUUUGUCAGGAUAUGAAAGACACAAAGCAAAGACUGAAAAAAAAAAAAAAACGCUGUACAAGCCACUUUUACAACAACUGUUGAACAAAUUUCUUAUUUUCAAGCAUGAAAGUGAAGAGACUGGCCAGUACCCUUCUCACACAGUAUGACUGAGAGCUUGGUGUUCUGGACUGAACAUUGAUAAAAACCCUGUGUCUCAUUUAAACACAUGUCUCUAUUGUUGCUAUUUGCGUGAGACUGAAUAAGUUCAUGGGGGUCUGAAAAUAAAUAUUAUUAAUAAAUCAAUAAAUAAUAAAAUGAUUUAAUGCUGCUCUUUGUUUAAGAAAAAUCUCAUGUGCUACAUUAACCCUUGCUGUUUAUGAAUCAUAUUAAUAUUCCCCAAGCUCUGAGAGAAAGACAGAGGGAGAGAUUUUUUUUCCAUUUUACAAUUUAAUAUGUCUGCUUUUAAUACGGUAAUAAUACAUAUUUUGGGUCAUUCUUCCUGUCUUG